AUGGCGCGAGAAGUACCAGAGGAAACUGAAAUGCGACUGUCCUGGGCUGACAGUGGGCAGUCGAUCCUCAAACUGAACAUCCGCCAUCUGUGGCUCUUUGGUGCGUGGCCUCUGUCUGGUUCCUGGAUUUAUGACGUGUACAACGCUUUCUGCCUCACAAUGGGCGUGUGGAACGCGAUAGAGAGUUCACUGUCCCUUUACUUCAGCUGGGGAGACAUGGAUGAGACGACGCUUGUAUUCAUCAGCGCCUUCACCAAUGCCUGCGGCACCGCCAAGAUGGCCUUGUUCAUGCGCAAUCGGCGACAGUACAACGCACUGGCUCGACGCGUGGAGACCCUGAUGUCUGUGCAAAGUGAAUUCUGUUCGGCAGACCCUGCCUUGGCUGAUAUUCGGCGAGGCUCCCAGAGGCGUGCCUCCCGCCUGACCAUAGGACUGCUCUUCCUAAUGUUCUCGCAGUACCCUGUGUGGUUCCCCAUGCCGAUCAUUACGCAGCCAGAACAACGGCGCCUGCCGCUAGUUCAGCACGGCUGGGACAACAACACCAACUACUACGAGCUGUCGUAUGCCUUGCAGUGCAUGUUGGCGACGUGGGCAACACAGCUCAGCAACGGUGUGGACUUACUCUUCGUUACUGUCAUGAUCCUCACGGCUGCGGAGAUGCGAAUUCUUACACUGCGCAUUGUCAAUCUGAAAACCGAGAACUCUGAAGUAAGGAUAGUAAAAAGGGCCAAUGUCGUGAUAGGCCAGACGGAGAAUACUUGCGGUGACGAAAUGUAUGAAAAAUUAUGCCAGUGCAUUGAAAGUCACCAGAAAGUCAUCAGGUAUGUUGGACAAAUUGAAUGA